UGUUUUUUUGUGAUGUAGACACAUUAUGUUCUGCUGCUCUCUUCCUUUAAAGAGCAACUGCAACAACAUGUUCGUGUCCAUGCAAUGGAAGCAGUCAUGGCUUGUUGGGAGAUUGAUCAAUCUCUACAAAACUUAACUGGGGUAGGACCAGGAGAAGGUACAGGUGCAACUAUGUCAGACGAUGAUGAUGACCAAACAGAAAGUGAGACAAACACAAACUGUUAUAAUGGAGUUUUAGAUGUAUCAGAUAGCACUGGUUUUGGUCCUCUUGUACCUACUGAAAGUGAGAGGUUCUUAAUGGAACGUGUGAGGCAAGAAUUGAAACAGGAAUUCAAACAGGGUUACAAGGAAAAGAUUGUUGACAUUAGAGAAGAAAUUUUACGCAAAAGAAGAGCAGGAAAGCUGCCUGGUGACACUACAUCUGCCUUGAAAGCUUGGUGGAAGUCACAUUCCAAGUGGCCUUAUCCUACAGAGGAAGAUAAAGCAAAGUUAGUGCAAGAGACAGGGUUGCAACUAAAACAGGUCAACAAUUGGUUCAUCAACCAAAGGAAAAGGAAUUGGCACACUACUCCAUCAUCAUCUUCUACACAGAAAAGCAAACGAAAGAGUGCAGGUGAAAAAUCAAGGAAUGAUCACUUUUCAUGACGGGGAACACGAACUCAAAAAAUGUAUUUGGUACAAUGGAAGUCAUUUUAUGUACUGACUGUCACAAAACUUAGACCGUACUAUAUCGUAUACUUUUAAAAUCAAAUUUUUUUAUAAAAAGAUAUGUGUAUCAAUUAGAAGUGCAGCCGGUGUCUUUAUCUGGAUCUAGACCAAUGUAUUAUAGGUUUUGCAAUUUUGGAUGCUUCAAUUGCUCAUUUUUUAAAUAGAACCAGUUGCAGAUUAUGAAUA